CACAAGUCUAACUUGCGCGGUUCAGUUAACUGCACCCUCACUAAAUUUUAAUUAACCGCUUAAAGAAAAAAUAAUCCGUAUUUGCAGAUUGGAUCGAUCCAAACCCUACAAAAGCCCUAAAUUUAAUCAAUCGCUUACUCUUUAAUCUUUCGAAAAUGUUCAAAAAGUUUUCAAGUGAUGAAGUAUCGUCACAAAACCAAGUGAAAGCAUCAGUUCAACGCAAAAUUCGACAAAGCAUUGCUGAUGAGUACCCAGGACUUGAACCAGUAUUGGAUGAUUUUCUGCCAAAGAAAUCGCCUUUAAUUGUUGUUAAAUGUCAGAAUCAUUUGAAUCUGGUGGUGGUGAAUAAUGUGCCAUUGUUUUUUAAUAUAAGGGAUGGACCUUACAUGCCUACGCUCCGACUUCUUCAUCAAUAUCCAAACAUAAUGAAAAAAUUGCAAGUUGAUAGGGGUGCAAUAAAAUUUGUCCUUGCUGGUGCUAACAUAAUGUGUCCUGGACUUACAUCUCCUGGUGGUGCACUAGAUGAUGAAGUGGAUGCUGAAACUCCAGUGGCUAUAAUGGCUGAAGGAAAGCAACAUGCCCUUGCUAUUGGCUUUACAAAAAUGUCAGCAAAAGACAUAAAGUCAAUCAACAAGGGAAUUGGCGUGGACAACAUGCAUUAUCUCAACGAUGGUCUUUGGAAGAUGGAGCGUUUAGAUUGAGGUUUUUCCAAGAACAACUGCUGUAUGGUCUUUGGUACAAGUCGCAAAGAGCAUAUAUUCAUCAAGGCUAUGCAGCUGUCCUGUUUCCCGAUGUUGCUGAAGGAAUUGUGUGAACAUUUCUCUGCGUGUUGUCACCUUUCGUUCCUUGUACACUCGACAGAAAUUGCUUUUACCAUGUAGAUCAAUCCUUUAAUGAGGCGAUCAUGGAUAUUACUUUUCUCGGAUAUCUUGACAAUAUCGGUGGCGAAAUCUUACUUUCUUUUGUGAUUAA